AUGAGUAGCGGGUAUUCCUCUGCGCCCAGUGUGUCGCAUACAUCCAGUGAUACCGACUUAAAUAGAAUCGACAGUUGUGAUGAUGGAGUCGACGAAACAUCAGAUGAACAGCGAAUGUGUGGUCUGAGCGAGCUCGUCACGUCAUGUCUCACGUCUUCAAAAUCUUCCCGACAGAAGAGUUAUGACGACGAUGAUGGAGUUGAAAUAGAGAUUGUUGGAACUUUGAAAAAGUCAAAGUCUAAAAAAACAAAAGUAUUAUGUCCAGCUCAUGCUAAUAUCAAAAAAGAGAACCCAAAUAUAUCACCGUUUUUGAAGUCAAGUCAAUUCACUGAUGUUCCUCCGACCAUACGAUUCUACACCAAGGGAACAAAGGUCACAAAACCCACAAGGAAAAUUCAAUCACGAUUAACGUGGUGUCACAACAGUCUUCUUCCGAUUGUCAUGCGUCAGACACUGUCAGCUAGUCAUUUCACGAUCGUCGAUGAGUCUUUAUUCUACAUCGGAUACUGGGGACGUCAUUUGAAAUCCGCACAAUAUCGGGCGCUCCAACCUCAUCAGAAAGUCAAUCAUUUUCCGGGUGCAUUUCAUAUUGGACGCAAAGAUAGGCUAUGGAUGCAUAUUCGGAAUAUGCAAGAACGUUUUGAAGGUGAAUUCGAUAUCAUGCCAUUCACUUAUGUCCUACCAACGGAUAGACCUGAACUUAUGAAAUACUUGGAAACAGAUGCUAAUAGACAUGUCAUUAUUAAACCACCAGCAUCAGCCCGUGGAACUGGAAUUACUGUAACGCGAAAGCCAAAAGACUUCCCAAUAACGGCUACACUUGUUGCUCAACAUUAUAUUGAGAGACCAUUAACAAUCAACCGAGCAAAAUUUGAUCUCCGUCUCUAUGCAUAUGUUCCCACAUUUGAACCACUUCGAGUCUACAUUUAUGAUCAAGGAUUAGUCAGAUUUGCCAGUGUACCAUACAAUCCAUCGGUUUUAAGUAUCUCUAAUAAGUACAUGCAUCUCACCAACUAUAGUAUAAACAAGCUCGCCGAAGCAGAUGGUGUCGCCAAUAAACCUGUACCAAAAUGGACUCUUGAACAUCUUUGGGAUCAUUUUGAUCAGUUGGGCGUGGAUCGUAAGAAAAUUCAAAAGCAAAUCGAGGAUGUUAUAGUGAAAGCAUUCAUUUGCUGUGAGAAGCCUAUUCGAGAACAUAUGUCUAGGUUCUUAGAGCAAGAGUUCAUUUGUUAUGAACUGUUCGGAAUUGAUAUCAUUCUCGAUGAAGAUUACAAGCCGUGGCUUCUCGAAGUGAAUAUCUCACCAUCUCUUCACUCGGGAACUCCAUUAGAUAUAUCUGUGAAAGCUCCACUUGCUAAAGAUGUUCUAAACUUAGCAGGGAUCUACGUACCACCAAGCACUGACAAGCUGAACACAGCCGAUUAUAGUUGUCGUCCACGAAAUGGAAGCAAAUCAAGAGAACAAUUGAUUAAAGAAGCUUCAUGGGUGGCUGCUUAUAAAGAGCAACUUGGAGUUAUUGAUAAUCGAAUCUUCAAAAGAUUGACACCAGAAGACACGCGAGCUUUGGUCGAAUUUGAAGAUGAAUUGGAAAGGAUCGGAGAUUUCAAGCUAGUGUUCCCAACAGCUCACACUUCUCAUUAUCAAAAAUACUUCGCUGAACCAAUUUAUAUGAACAUCCUUCUCCAACAAUGGCAAGUAGCUCAAGAAGACGAUCGUUCUAUCGGAGUCAACCGCCUCGAGCAAUUGUGUCGUCAAAAACACAUGCAAUCAGAUCAGGAAGCUUCUUUCUGA